CGGGCCCGGUAUCCCCGGCCUCUCAUUCUCCUGUUUACAGAUUAGAAAGAGCCAAAGUCCGGCCCGCCUCCUCGUCCCCUGACUUGACUUCCCUCCUUCGCUUCUCCCGGGUAUUGCUUCUCGCCUCCCGAACCGGAUUCGUUACCAACAUUUCUGCAUUACCAGCAAUUCUGUGUGUCGGGACUUCCUCGCCUUGUGUCUUUCACCCCUGAAAUAUGGUGUUGCAUCUGCAAUCCAACCUCACCCUUUCGCAGGGGGCCAGGCUGAUGUUUUACGCCUUAACCCCCAGCGAGACCACAUUCAGAGAAGUGGAGGAGGUCCAGGACUAUGUCCAGCAGGCAACACCCUAUUUUGUGGGCCUGAUGAUCAUUGAGCUGGUUGUCACUUGGUUUCACAAGGGCAAAACUAUAUUCCGAAUAAAUGAUGCACUAACUUCCAUCAGUGCAGGCAUCUUGUCAAGACUGCCAGAGCUACUGGGUCGAGGCAUUGAGCUGACUGGCUACAUUUACAUCUGGAAGAAUUUUAGACUGUUUGAACUCCCGUGGGAUUCUGCCUGGACAUGGUGGUUGGCAUUUUUAGGAGUUGACUUUGCUUACUACUGGCUCCAUCGAAUGUCUCAUGAAGUGAAUAUGUUGUGGGCAGCACACCAAGUUCAUCACAGCUCUGAAGACUACAAUCUGUCUACAGCCCUCCGGCAGUCUGUAAUACAAAAGUAUUUUUCCUGGAUUUUUAACCUUCCAAUGGCUCUCUUCAUCCCUCCCUCAGUUUUUGCAGUACACCUUCAAUUUAACCUGUUGUAUCAGUUCUGGAUUCAUACAGAGAUAAUUGGUAACCUUGGGCCUCUGGAACUGAUCCUCAACACACCCAGUCACCACAGAGUCCACCAUGGACGGAACCAUUACUGCAUCGACAAGAAUUACGCUGGAACUCUGAUCAUUUGGGACAGGAUUUUUGGUACUUUUGCGCCAGAGAAUGAGAAAGUGAUAUUUGGCUUGACUCACCCAAUCAAUGCAUUUGAACCUCUCUGGGUGCAGUGCCAUCACUUGCUUUACAUUUGGAAGACAUUUUGGGCAACCCCUGGCAUAAGCAACAAGAUGUCUGUCCUCUUCAAAGGACCAGGAUGGCAACCAGGCAAACCCAGACUUGGGUGUCUUGAAGACAUUCCCACAAUUAGUGGAAAUGAAAUGCCACACAAUCCCCAAAUCCCUGUUUGGCUUCAACUGUAUGCAGUUCUACAUUUUAUCUUCAUUCUGGGUGUUUAUCUACACAUAUUUGCUAACAAGUCUGUUCUAUCAGAAUUCACAAUCCUCUUGGGAAUUGGAUAUGUAAUACUCACGUUGAGUUCUGUUGGACUGAUGAUGGAGAACAGAUCUGGUGUAGCUAUUAUGGAAAUCAUCCGAUGCUGUCUUUUCCUUUUUCUUGAGCUUGGUUCCAUGACUGGUCCUUUAAAACUAGUGACUGAAGUUGGAUUUUCUCUGUCUUUGGCCUUCUGGGGUUUGCAAAGCAUAAUGAAAAUCUGACACAUACCAAUGGACACCAGUAUGAGAAUGAACCAGCUCCAAUACAGCAUGGUCAGCUUCAGUAUGCAAUGUCACUCACAAAACACUCAAAGUAUUAAAUGUGACAUGACUCUGUACAAACUAAUGGAAAAGAAAUAAUUUU